GUGACAGACUGCACGCGCUCCGUGCAACUCAUCUCCUUCCUUUUCUCGCCGGAGGUGUCUUCGCCUGCCCAUCGUGUUUUCGAAGGACGCCUGCCGGGCGGGCGUGCCGGUUAUCGGGCAGAUCUCGAACGCGCCGGAGGGAGGGCCUUUCCCCUCUGGCUUGCCAUAUCGCCGUAUCAGCUGCAUGCAUACGCACUGUGCUUCUGGCUGCUGCUUUUAAAGGACCGGACGCCGGGCUUGCGGCGCCCUAGCUCUGUCCCUCUCUGCGGGGGUGUAUUGUUGACACGACACUGUACGAGAUGA